UGGCUUCCUUUUUUGUUCUCUUUUCCAACUCAUUCUGCAAAAUUAGACGCCUUUUAAUUUUAAUUUACAAAACAUACAAGCAAAAAAAAGCGAAUCCAGUCCAGAAAUGGCGGUAGACACAGUAUACAGCGUGAAAGAGGGCAAAGAAACGGCACUGAGCAUCACACUGCACAAUGAGCACAGUGUGGCAGAGCCAAACGCAGGCUGCGGAAGGCAUCCGUGGCACAGCAUUCUGGGCGCAGUUGCUGAGACGCAGUCUUCUUGCCAGCAGGACUCGAGGCAGGGCUUGGGUAGCGGGCAAGCGGCCAAUGCGCAGUCAAACACAAGUGCUCUGAUGGGCAUGGAGGAUAUUACAACACAAGGGCUGCUUGAUGGGCUGGAAGAGCUCUACGACCAGCCGAGUGAAUCGAUCUUUCUGCUGCCCGGACCGAGCAAAGCUGGCUCAUUGUUGCCGGCGGCGGCUGGCAAAGAUGCUGUAGAGACUGUAAAUAAGAGCGAUGCGGCCGAUUGCAGAGACAGCGCUGCCGAUAAGCAGCUGGCAGACAUGGAUUCUCAGGAGACUGAGAGAAUUGUUGAGCAGUUUGGCAGGUUCUCCAGCGCACGGCUCGGCGCGACAUCCGAGCCCAAUGCUGGCGGGCGGCAACGUGCGGGGCUUGUUGCUGGCCACAGCGUGCGAGCAGGCAAGGCACCCGACCCAGGGCCAGAACCCGACCCCGGACUUGAAUCUGAACCUGGACCUGUAGCUGGACCUGGACCUGAAAAUAGAUCCGAGACUGCGGCCGACUCCAAGCUGGGGAGAGUUGACGAGCCCACGCCAGAGGAAUCCCCCGCCAACACCAUGGAAUUCGAUGGCAUGAGCGAGUCGGAGGCCCUGGGCAUCAUUGACUCAAUGGACGAGUUUGCGCGCGCGAACGCAGGCGACAGCUGCAGCGCCAAGCCAGAGCUUUCCAGCACUGGCGGCGACGCAGAGAUAAAAGACAUGGUUGACGAAGAGGCACAGGAGAUCAUAUCGCAGUACGGCGGGUUCUUAAAAGCGCGAUCUGUGGCAAGGGCUGGCGAGACCGCAGGCCCUGCAGUGCGCAGUCGAGCCUCGCUGCACCCGCACCCGCGAGCGCUCACGCCUUUGAAUUCGCCGGCGGCAGCGCGGGUUUUGUCACGGGCGGCUCAGCCUACGGCGCCGGUGGCCGCGCCUGCAACGCCCCGCAGCGCUGUGCCAGGAAGCGCGGGGGUGCCGCCAAAGAUGGCCAGCCCAUUCCCGUCGCGUCAGGAGGUUCUCUCGGCAAGGCGCGCCCUCAAGGGCGACGCGGGCAGGCCGCCUGCGCUGUCGUUCAGCACGCCGCUAGGAAAGCCCAGGUUGCGCCUGGCUCUCAGUGCUCUUCCCCCUCUCACAGCAGCAGCGGCACCAGCAGCGGCAGCAGAAUCGACACAAUCAGCGGCUGCGGACACACCGCCAGCAGCACCGCCAAUGCUGGCAUUCAAAUCGCCAGGCCUCAAGCGCCAGGCGCCGCGCAUGGGCUUUACGCCACCAGCCAAGCGCGCGUCGUUUGCGCAGCCGUUUCGCUCACCAGCAAGAUCGGCCGACCACAGCCCAGCGCCGCUGCCAGGGCGCGUCAAGCCGCCGCCGAAGCUGCCGCCGGUUACAGUGCGGCGGCAAGCAGCUGCGGGUGCUCGCGCGCAGCUAGAGGCCAGGGCGGCAGCGGCUCCAAGGGACACCCGCGGCGAGCGCUGCGGGUUGCAAGCGGUGGCAGACGAGAUUGCGACCACAGCCGAGCAGGCGACGGCGCACGGCGUUCCCGGCGACGUGCUGGCGAUGACGGCGGCAGCGGCCGGCGCGUACGCGUUCGCAAUAGGCACGGGCCGGUGGGGGUGGGCUGAGGCGCGGCAGACGCUGCUGGCGCGCGGCUGUGAGCCGAAGGUUGUGGCCGAGGCGUGGGUGCGCAACCACUUUCGGUGGAGCGUGUGGGCAGCGGCCAGCUACGCGCGGCGGCUGCCGGCGCGGUGGCGCACGCUGUGGUGCGUCGAGGCCGUGCUGGCGCGGCUGGUGCAGCGCUAUGAGUGCGAGUAUUUGCGCGGGCAGCGGUCGGCGCUGCGGCGCGUGCUGGAGGGCGACGCGUCUGCGCAGCAGCUUAUGGUGCUGGCCGUGGCGGCCGUUGGCUGGCAGGGCGCAGCGCCGCGCCUCGAGGUCACCGAUGGGUGGUACGGCGUCGCGGCCUCGGCCGAUCCGGUUCUGGUGCAGGCGCUACGCAGCGGCCGGCUACGCGUCGGUGACAAGGUCGCGUGCGUGGGGCUGCGCCUGAGCGGCGUGUCCGACGGCAUCGAUCCGUUGUCGCCGGCGGCGCGCAGCGCAGCGCUGGUGCUGAGCGCCAACUGCGUGCGACGCGCGCGCUGGGAUGCGCGACUGGGCUUCCAGCGACGCGGCGCCAUGUUCAUGUCCCUGUCGGCCGUCUACGCGCUGGGCGGCGCCGUCGGCGCGGCGCUGGACGUCGUCGUCGUGCGCAGCUACCCGAUGGUCUUUCGCGAGGCGCUGGCCGGUGGCGCUCACGUCACACGCUGCGAGCGCGAAGAGCUGCGGCUGCACGCUGCCCACGACACGCGCCGCACCGCGCGCCUUCAGGAGCUGGCCGAGGCCCGCUUUGCGCCCGGCAUCGGCACCGGCACCGAGGCCGCCUCCGACGCGCUGCUGCAAAUUGUCGACGCCGAGAUGCCGCCGCGUGCGGUGCGCGCGCUGUUCCGCCUGCUGGUCUGCGACUACCCGGCGCACACGUACCGCACGCCCGAGAGCAGCGGCUCGCGGCUCGCACUCGUCACGUUCUGGGCACCGCGCGGGCUCGGUCCCGCUGACUUUCCUGAGGGCCGGCGUUUUCUGAUGACCGGGCUGACCGUCUCGCCGCAAAACCUUGCCGCCGCGUCCGCCGCGCCGCCGCCGCCGCUGCGCCUCAACUUCAACGCCUCCGGCAGCCGCUCGCGCCCGAUGCCCGCCGACGCCGCUCUCGUCGACCUCUCCGAGUACCGCGAGCGCGGCGCGCUGCAUGUGGACGAGCUGUGCCAUGUUGACGUGUGCCAGGAGGUCGACCUUAUUGGGCGCGUCGAGGCCUGCAGCCACCCUGGCACUGGCGCCGGCGACCGCGACGGUGACGGCGACGGCGACGGCGGCGGCGACAGCAGCGCCAGCGCCAGCAACCGCCGCCGGACGCAGUCUAUCCUGCGCCUGAGCAGCCCCGACGAGCACGGGCACGCCUUCUAUGCAGAAAUAGCCUUCGACGCCCCCGCAUUCGGCUUCAUCAGCCCGGCGCCCGGCUCGCUGGUGACUGUGCGCAACUGCAUCUGCCUGGCACAGUCAAGCGCCGAGCCACGCACCUUUCUGCUGCGCGCCGAGGACUCGACCGAGUUUGCGCUGUGAUUUCAAGAG